UCGCAAAAAUUAAUACUUUGGUGACAUUUGAAAAAAAAAAUAAUGUAUAAUAUUUACAAGACGUGAUUGGAGCCAUCUAAAAAGCUAUCCAGUUAUUUACAGUUUUCUUUGUUAAAUAUAAAAUAUCGGCGGGUGUUUUAAAUUAUCGGUAAACACGUCAGUUGCUAUAUUUCGUUGAUCGAUCAAAUUAAUUUUGCUGCUAGGAAGUUUGUUUGUUCAAUUCAACGUAUAAAUGGCCGAAUAUCAACAUAGAAGUUGCGGCCCAUGUCCUUACUACGCAAAAUUUGCACCUCGUACCGAACUUCCUUACCUUUCACAAAAUACCGUUCCCAAUCCAAAUAUAGCGUUCCAAGACUCAUCCCAUGCCAAUCAACAUCAUUUAGGUGUGUCUACUGCCUAUCAAAGUCCUGACCUUAAGCUUCCUCCACAAAAAGAACACCAAAUUAAUUAUGACAUUCAAAACAGACAAUUCACAAACGAAGAAAGCGUUUUGAGACACGAAAUGGGUGGAAUGCCUAAUUGCCUCGAAGCCCAAAAGGCAUGCUGUUUGCCUGUUGAAAAUGCUAAUAAUGAAACAAAAGUAGAAAUUAAUUGUGAUACGUUUAAUAAGAAUGGAUCAACGUCAAAACCAAAAGGUAUACUUAAACCGAGUAGAGAAAAUUGCUGCUGUCCUUCUACUGACUCCAAUCAAGCGACAAGGGAUAUUAAUAGUCUUCAACACCCUGCAACAACCACUAACCAGUCUUCCUAUCAGCCUCCUCCUCAAUCUACAAAUAUCGGAGAGCCUCCAAAAACAGUACAGAUCAAUCAAGAAGACAUGCACGCCACUGCCGGAAGAUCCGAUCCAACCAAAAACAACAACCCGGAAGUUGGACAACUGGUUCCGGUACCGAACGCAUUACGUCCCGUAGGUGUGGAGAAGCCUCUGUGUUAUCUUCCCCAACCCGAAGAUACCAUUUUAGCGCAACAGAUUAACGAAAUGGGUCCUACAGGCCCUUGGGCUACUGGCAAGGCAGAUUGGGGACCUCUGGCAGGGUUGACAGGUACGAGACCGGUGGUGGACAGAUACUCUAUUACGCGCUAUAGCGAAGGGGAAUGGAGAAGUCACAAUAAAGAUAUACUGGAAGAGGCCGAUACUGAACAGCACAGAUCAAAUUUAAUCGAUUGGAAUGGGAGGCAAUGUCUGGAACAAACCCAAUCUGACGUAGACAAAAAUCAGGAAGAUAACACUCGAAGACUCAACCAAAGGGAAAUGGAAAUACUGCGAUGGAAAUGCGAACUGGAAAGAGCCAUAGCUGCAUCAGCUGUGGAGAUAGCUUUCAUGGAAGAACAGCGCAGAAGAUUGAAGCAAGCGGCUGCUGUGUUACAAAUGCCGGAAGCUAUUGCUGGAGAAUGUUUGGAAAGAAGGACUGGUCGUAUGGAUAGUGAACUUGUUCGCGAUGAAGUGGAAGAAGAAUUGAUCAAAGAACUUUCGCUCUGUUCGGAAAUUCGAGAUAUCUUUUCACGAACUUUGAAAGACAUACAGACCCAACUUACCGAGGACAGAACUGCCAAACAGAGAUUAGAAUACGAUUGGAGUGACAAACAACUUUCUCUCGAGAUAGAUUCUCUCAACGCCUCACUCGACACCCGAUCUACUGUUCUCAUGUUUAAACCUGGAGCAGUAAUAUUUCCUGAGAAUCAGUCCACACCAGAAUUCUGGGAACACUUUACCAAGGAGACUCUUCUGGAAGGCGAAGCUACAAGACAGCGGUCAGCUGCACUCAGAGGAACCCUGGAUGCUAUACUGAUUAACGCAGCAAGAGAUUUGAGAUCCCAAGCUGACAGGGUUGAACUGGCUCUUAGUAAGAGAAUAGCUUGUACCGAGGAAGUGACUAGAAAGUUGGAGAUGGAACUAAAACAGAUUUUACGGCAACUUGCUGAAGUCGAAGCUCUGAUAGACGCGCUGAAAUCCGCCAUAAGACGUAUGGACAUUCCUAUGAAGAAGGCACAGACUAGGUUGGAUAACCGACUGCAAAGGCCUAGAGUUGAAAAUUGUCGUGAUACAUCUCAUUUUGGGUUGGUAGAUGAAGUAAAAUCAAUCGCAGAAAACGUUGCAGCCCUUCAAGGUCAAUUGGGACAGGCGCUAAAAUCUCAAGAAAACAUGAUACAGACCAGAAAUAACUUGGAAAGAGAGAUAAUGUUGAAAAAGAAGACUUUGGAAAUCGAUAACGAUAGAAUCAGAAGGAUAAGAUCUCAUUAUCCUUCUGCCACAGCUUUAUCUGGAUAUUAAUAUACAAAUGUAUCAUCUUCUGUAGAUGCCUUUUCAAUAAAUGUUGUAAAAAAUA